AUGUUGGAGGAGAAGAGCUGGAAAGGCGUUGGUGAAGCAGCUUUUGACAGGGGGUGCGUGGCUCCCCCCAGGACCAGCGAUGGGGAGAGGUGCUGCCGCCUCCCUCUCCUGCUGGGCUCGGGGCUGCCCGGGGUCUCCCUGCUCUCUUUGGUGCUGAGUCUCCUUCUGUACUUUCGGACCUCCGAUCUGCAGUCCCGGGUGUCCCACUUGGAAGCGAACAGACCCACACAGCUCCCUGUCUGGUUCUCAGCAGAGCAAAUGGAGACAGCUAUUUUGGGAAGAGUUGACCAACUGCUUGAUGAGAAAUUGAAGUUCCACUUGCCGAGACAUCGAGAGGUUCGAGAGACACAGCAGCGAUGCAACUGCCCAGCAGGUCCACCUGGAGACAAAGGUGCCAUGGGAAUCCCUGGGCGGCCGGGACUAAAAGGGCAACCUGGAGAGAAGGGUGCUCCAGGAGAAGCAGGCAUGUCUAUCAUCGGGCCCCGAGGUCCACCAGGACAGCCUGGAACAAGAGGUUUUCCUGGAUUCCCAGGCCCUAUUGGCUUGGAUGGCAAACCGGGUCAUCCUGGACAGAAGGGAGACAUGGGUGCUGCAGGUCCCAGGGGACAACCUGGACCUCCAGGACAGAAAGGAGAAAAGGGUCAGUGCGCAGAGUACCCGCACAGGCUGUUGCCUCUCCUCAAUUCAGUGCGGCUGGCUCCACCUCCGGUCAUAAAGAGACGCACUUUCCAGGGUGAACAAGGACAAGCAGGGAUCCAAGGUCCCCCAGGGCCCCCUGGCCCACCAGGACCUGUUGGACCAGCUGGACCCGAAGGAACUCCAGGACAGCCUGGACCAAUUGGGCCACCUGGCAGAGUGGGAGAACCUGGGAAGCCUGGCAGAGAUGGGAAGGGCUUGCCUGGGCCUCCUGGACCAAAGGGAGAUCCCGGGAUUCAGGGAUACCCUGGCAGAAAGGGUGAGGUGGGCGAGUCAGGCCUGCCUGGUGCACAUGGCCUCCCUGGAGCUACUGGCCCCAAGGGUGAAAAAGGGGACGCUGGCAUAAAGGGGGAGAGAGGAAUGCCAGGGCUGCCAGGAAGACAUGGCACUAAGGGCGCUCCCGGGACGGCUACCGCAGGGAUGAAGGGUGAGCCUGGAACUCCAGGAGAAAAGGGAGAUCCUGGAGUCCCAGGGAGGAUGGGCCCCCCAGGUUUGCCAGGGAAGAGGGGGCAGCGGGGUGAGAAGGGACGAGCUGGUGACCCUGGGCUUCCUGGACUCCCUGGAAUGAAGGGAGAGAAGGGAAGUGCUGAGAAUGCCCUGGUGGGAAUUAAGGGAGAACCUGGCCCUCCAGGUCUGCCUGGGCCCCCUGGACCAAAGGGAGAAGCUGGUGACGUUGGCCGGCCUGGCGCUGAAGGGUCACGGGGGGAAAAGGGAGAACCUGGUUCACGAGGAGACCAAGGACCCAUGGGCCCAAGGGGCCCCAAAGGAGAGCCUGGGAAGGAUGAAAUGAUGGACUAUGAUGGCAAUAUCAGUGAAGCUCUCCAGGAAAUAAGAACUUUGGCCUUGAUGGGACCCCCAGGACUUCCGGGUGUGGCUGGACCUCCAGGGCCACCAGGGCAGAAGGGUGAAAUUGGCUUGCCAGGUCCUCCAGGCCACGAUGGAGAAAAGGGUCCACGUGGCAAACCUGGAGAAAUGGGCCCCGCUGGCCCUCAUGGACUGCCAGGAAAGGAUGGACCACCUGGAAUAAAGGGAGAGCCAGGCCAGACUGGGGUCACAGGAGAGAAAGGUGACAAAGGAGAGCCAGGACAAGCUGGCUCACCGGGUCUUGAUGGCCCCACUGGAGAGAAAGGCGAACGAGGUGACCAAGGGAUGCCAGGACCAUCAGGAUUGCCAGGUCCCAUUGGACUUCCAGGAUUGACAGGAGAGAAGGGUGAGCAUGGAGACAAAGGAAGCCCAGGAGAAUCGAUAUCUGGCCCCCCUGGACCCCAGGGCCCACCAGGACCUCCAGGUCUUCAGGGCCUGCCAGGACCCAAGGGGGAAGCAGGGAUUGAUGGACUGAAAGGAGAGAAGGGUGCCCAGGGUGAAAAAGGAGACAGAGGGCCACUGGGAUUACCCGGUGCUUCAGGUUUAGACGGCAGGCCUGGACCACCGGGUACUCCAGGACCAAUUGGGGUUUCGGGACCAGCAGGACCAAAAGGAGAAAGGGGUAGUAAAGGAGAUCCUGGAGUUGUAGGACCAAUGGGGCCAGCAGGGCUUCCUGGUUUACAAGGUCUACCUGGUGACAAAGGGAUGCGGGGGGAGAGGGGCAAGAAAGGCUCUAGAGGGUCUAAAGGGGAUAAGGGAGACCAAGGAGCGCCUGGAUUAGAUGCACCCUGUCCGUUGGGGGAAGAUGGCCUUCCAGUUCAAGGCUGCUGGAAUAAGGGUCAGACUCCUUGGCUGAUAGCCAAAAAGUGA